UCGGCUUUAACUUCUCGCGUGAUAGUUACUCGAUUGGGGUUUCAUCCGAGUGUUGCCUUUGACAUGGCCUCCAUGGAGAUGACGGCGCUCGCGGCUUCUCCCAGCGACGAACUCGAGCAGGCCAGCACCGAGCCGACCGUUGCCGGAACCGUUAACGAUGCGUUGGAUAUUGACGGAUUUGGCGGAAAGCGAAAGAGGGACGAGGAGGCGGAGGAGAAAGGAGGGGAAGAAGAAAGUGCUCGGGACGCCGGCGAUAGGGUCCCAUACUGGAAAACGAGUCUUUGCUCGUUUUACAGAAGGAAGUCCGGUCGAGAGGGGUGUAGCCAUGGAGACUCUUGCCGCUACGCACACGGCGAGGCGGAGCUCCGCCCUCGCCCGGAUAAGACGUGGGACCCGACCUCAGAGCGGGCCAAGAAGAUCCUUAGGGAUGGCAAUGAUGGAAAUGAGGAUUCUUUGGCGCCCGAGGUCCAAGGCAUGGCAGUUGAUCUUACUUCGCUUGAUAAAUGCCUCAUUGGUCUGCCCAGGAAAUGGUCAUCAGACAACCUGAAGAGCUUCCUCGAUGGUCAGGGAAUUCUCUGUAAAACAGCUAAAAAGAAGAAGGGUAUGAGUGUGGGUUUUGUGACAUUUGACAAUACGGAACAGCUAAAAAGGGCAAUUGAGGUAUUGAAUGAGAACGCUACAUCUGGGCAAAAACAAAUAAAAGUUGCAGAUGCAAACCGCAGGUCUUAUCAAACGAAAGUUGAAAAACAAAUCCCUCCAAAUCAAAAUAAAGGGCAAGUUGUGAAUGGGGAACUAUGCACUAACUAUGCCAUGCCUUCAUACUCAUUUGAGGCUGAUGAUUCAGUUGGAAAAGACACUACCAUAGGGGAAGGUUUUGCUUCAGUGACAAAAACUGCACGUGAUGUGGUUACUCCAUCGGCUGAUAUACCGUAUAGUGAUCAGUUGGAACAGAAGAUGAAAACUCUUACUCAAACACUUAAAAAACUUACCCGGAAUGCACGCAAAGCUUGUCCUCCCUCUGUUUCUUUGCCAGAAUGGAUAAUGAAAUCUAGGGAAGCUGGUGGUCUUCCUUGCAAACUUGAGGGCAUAUUGGAAUCACCGUUAACCAAUGGGUAUCGGAACAAAUGCGAGUUUUCAGUUGGUUACUCAUUGCAUGGUAAACCAACUGUUGGCUUUAUGGUUGGAAGUUUCAGGGAGGGGAUAACAGCAAUUGAAGAACCUAUCAACUGCCCAAAUGUGUCUAGAAUAUCCUAUGAAUUUGCUUUGGCCUUUCAGGAGUUUCUACAGUCAUCAGCAUUGCCUGUAUGGAACAGAAUUGAGAAUAAAGGAUUUUGGCGUCAGUUUACAGUUCGGGAAGGAAGGAAAUCCAGCCAGGUGACCGUUAACAAAGUUGCAGAAAUUGAGAUUGCAGAGGUCAUGUUAAUAAUUCAGGUUUGUUCAACUGAUGUGGAUGAAGAAGUAAUGAAAAAUGACUUUCAGAGAAUGGUCCAGACACUUGUACUUGGAGCAGCUGCUUGUUCUCCUCCACUUCCUCUCACAGUAAUAGUUGUCCAGGAUUAUCAAGGGAUAUCAAAUGCCGCUCCUGCUGAUUGCCCUUUGAUCCCAUUGAUGAUACCAAAAGUAGAACCAAUUCCAUCAGAUGAUAAACAUGCAAUUGAAGCAAGAAUUCAUGAUUAUAUAAGCAAUCUCUGCUUCUCCAUAUCGCCCACAGCUUUUUUCCAAGUUAACACUCUUGCUGCAGAGAGAUUGUACUCACUGGCUGGUGAUUGGGCUGAUCUCAAUAGAGACACAUUACUUUUUGACAUAUGCUGUGGGACAGGAACAAUUGGACUCACCUUAGCCCACCGUGUUGGCAUGGUUGUCGGUAUUGAAAUGAAUGCAUCAGCAGUUUCAGAUGCACAAAGAAAUGCAAUGAUUAAUGGAAUAACGAAUUGCAGGUUUGUCUGCAGCAAGGCAGAGGAUAUAAUGGGGGCCUUACUGAAGGAGUAUCUUGAUGUUCCAGAGCAUAAUGGCAGUAUUUCUGGGAUCAGUUGUAAAGGUGUAGAAGGCUCUGUUGAGGAAAAAAUAAAGGAUGAUUCAGUGGCAUCUGAAGGUCCAGAUGAGGAUUUAAAUGACUCUUCUGAAGGAAACUGCUCAACAGAUCAUAGCGAUGUUACCAGGAAUGAUCAAGUUUGCAAAACGAUGAAUCUGCACAUCUGCACUUCUAAAGACAAGGAUGGAGCAGAUAUACCUCAAUUUAAGAAUGUUGUUGCUAUUGUUGAUCCACCACGAGUUGGACUUCAUCCUGUUGUGAUCAAAUCUCUAAGGACUCAUCCACGCAUAAGGCGACUUGUCUAUAUCUCUUGUAAUCCCGAAAGUUUGGUCGCUAAUGCCAUUGAGCUUUGCACUCCAACUGCCGGUGAGCCAGAGAAAGCAAAAGGCAAUAGAGGAUGGCGGAAAAUGAGCAGUGCCGGCCUUGCCCGGCAUCGGACUAAAUCAAUGCCCAAGUCAGAGCCAUUCCGCCCAGUCAGGGUGAUGGCAGUGGAUAUGUUUCCGCAUACUCCCCACUGUGAGAUGGUGAUGCUUCUCGAGCGCUAAACAUGUUUUCUUACAGAAAUUUCUCAUUCUACAUUGUAGAGUUAUGUUUGAUUUAGUAGGCUAAAUUAUAACCAGAGGUGGUUUCCAUCAAUGAGUUUUUGCAAGUAGUCGAGUAGCUCUUGCAGUAUUCUCUGAUUAAGAUGUACACUGUUACAUUAGAUGCCGUUGCUGUUUAAUUCAAGCAUAGCUCUGAUUUUGUCGUCA